UCGUUUCCGUCGCGCUGCCAUAGAAACAGAAAGCCUAUUAGGGAUUAGUGUUGCUAAGGAAAGAGGGAGUUUCAUAACAAGCCUGACGGAGUAUGUGAGGUUUUUGGGCGGCUACGAGCUCUGGGUAAUCAGUUGUAGCGGAUAGCAAUGGCCACGACUGUGUCGGAGACUAAAGACAGCGGCGAAGCCAAUUCGAAGUGGCUAGAUGCACAUUACGAUCCAGUGGCUAACCUUUACACCUUUGCAUCCUGCAUUGCUCUGGCUGAUCUCCAUGGCGACGGGGAGAACAAGUUGGUGGUGGGAGACCUGGGCACAGGGGCGUCCAACAUGAAGCUGAAGGUGUACAAGGGCACCAGCCUGGUGAGCGAGAACAUGCUGCUGGACCUUCCCACGGGACUGGUGUCGUUCCUGAUGGACCAGCACGAACCCCGGACACCUGCUAUUGCUGUAGCGUCCGGACCUUUCAUCUACAUCUACAAAAACCUGCGGCCCUAUUUCAAGUUCACCUUGCCGUCUCUGGAAGUCAACCCCCUGGAGCAGGAGGUCUGGACCCAAGCAAAGGAGGAUAUGAUCGAUCCGACGUCCUUAAAGGAAAUGCUGGAGGGAAUCAGGGAAACGGCAGAGAUUCCGCUUUCCGUCAGAUCUUUGAAGUUCCUCAUGCUGGAGCGACAGGCGAUGGAGAAUUUCGUCAGCAUUCACAAGCAGCAGCCCAUCCGCAGACAGACGGUCAUCACGUGCAUCAGUACUCUGAAGAAGAACAUGGCGGAAGAGGAUGCCGUCAGCUGCCUGGUGAUUGGUACAGAGAGCGGGGACAUGUACGUCCUGGACCCUGAGGCCUUCACCAUCCUGUCCAAGAUGUCCCUGCCCAGUGUUCCCACCCUGAUGGAUGUCACAGGCCAGUUCGACGUGGAGUUUCGCAUUACGGUAGCUUGUCGGAACGGUAACAUCUACGUCCUUCGCAGGGAUUCCUCCAGGCCCCGGUACUGCAUCGAGCUGACGUCCCACCCCGUGGGUCUGGUGCGAAUCGGCAAGAACGUGGUGGUGGGCACCGCUGACGAAACGCUGCUUGGCUACACACAGAAGGGGAAGAAACUGUGGAUGGUGAAUCUUCCCGCCCCUGUGGUAACCAUGGCUACGAUGGACCACCACACGCGAGGCUUCCAGGCUGUCCUGGUGGGGCUCGCCAACUGCCAGGUGCAGCUGUACCGGGACAAGAACCUCGUCAGCACCAUCAAGACUCCGGAUGUGGUGACCAGCAUCUGCUUCGGGAGGUAUGGCAGAGAAGACGGCACUCUCAUCAUGACCACCAAAGGGGGAGGUCUCAUCGUGAAGAUCCUGAAGAGGACGGCAGUGUUUGAUGACAGAGACACGGUCCCUGGCCCCCCCUUGGCUCAGAGCGUCCGCCUCAAUGUUCCCAAGAAGACUAAGCUGUAUGUGGACCAGACCCUAAGGGAACGCGAGAAUGGCGUAGCCAUGCACAGAGCCUUCCAGAUGGACCUGAUCCGGCUGCGGCUCACGGCCGCACGGGCCUACGCCAAGGCCCUGGAGUGCAGCCUGACCCCCAUGUCCGCCAGCCUCACCGAGCCGCUUAAGAUGAACGCCGUGGUCCAGGGGCUCGGUCCGACGUUCAAGCUGACGCUGUACAUCCAGAACACGGCCGCCUGCAAGCCCGCCAUGGGCCUCGCUGUCUGCUUCUUGUACGACCAGACUCUCUACAGCAUGAAGACCACCUUCUUUAAGAUCCCCCUGCUUGUCCCGGGCCUGAACUACCCUUUUGAAACCUUUGUGGAGUGUCUGAGUGACCGGGGUAUUUCUGACAUCAUCAAAGUGUUUAUACUGCGAGAAGGAAUCAGCACUCCGCUCCUGACCGCCCAUAUCAACAUGCCUGUCAGCGAGGGACUCGCUCUCAGCUGAGAGGCUUCUAAGGACAACUGUGAGCCAAUAGUAGGUCUGUAUGGAGAGGCGUGGCUUCGUCCCACCUCUGCACAGCUGUCAUUGGCUCGUGGAAUAGAGAAUGAACUGUAAUUGGGCAAGUAGACGAUUGUUUUAUGGACUCCGUUACAGUGACGAUUAUAUAUAGUGUAAUGUCUGUAUGUAAAUAGUUUAUAUAUCAAUGUCAGUUAUGUAAAACACUAUUUUUAUCUACAUGUACCUGUCAGUAAUAAAAUGGUGGACUGAUGCUCUAUGCCACAGUCAUCUGAA